AUGCGUAGCAAAGUACCACUAGGCAAGUCCUCACCUCGUCCUCACAUGCAGGUGAAUAACCACGGGCGAAUUAUCUCGCCCGGCGAUGACAUCCAUGUAGCCAUGGCGAAGAAUGCGAGCAAGGCGGGAAGUCCUACCGCCGCCUCCGGUGCGAGCUGUGACGAGGACGACCGAGACGAAGCGAACGGCGACGACGUCGAGGAGGAUUGGCCAGAGAACGGCAACGACGAUAGCACUUCGGGCGACGAAUUAGGUCCUGCCGACAUCGAGGAGGACGAAUGGUGGAAUCGGCCGGUCGGGAGCGACGACGAGGUGGAAGAGUGGCGGGCUGGUGAUUCCGAUAACGACAGAGGUGAAAAUGCGCAUGGUGACAACGCGGAGGCAGCGGCGGAUGCACAGGAAGCGGCGGUGGAUGCGAAUGAGGAGGCUGACGACGAGGCGGGGGCGGAGCUUGAGACAGUUGCGCCUGCGGAUGCAGCCGCAAUUGCGGAUGCGGAUGCUGUGGCGGAGUUGGACAAGUCCAAGUCGAAGCGGGCCCGCGUGGUGCUCACUGACGACGACGGCCCGGGGGAGGAGCGUCGCCCGAUACUCACCGCUGCGGAGAAGGGGAAAGCCAAGGUCGCGGAAGCCCCUGCUAAGGCCCUUGCUCGUCACCGCACAAGCAACAAGAAGCGGACAUCAAACGGAGACCCGAGAUCCAGCAAGGGUGCGGCUAAGAAAAAGGCGAAGAAGGCGCCGAAUCCUGACGACAUCGUCGUGAACGAGACGCUGGGCAGCGACGAUGAGUACGCGGCGACGGCGGGCCCUAUUCCCACGUUCCCUGAGAAGGUCACGCCGAAGGACCCCACCCUCCACAAUCCCAACACCCGCCCACCUAUCCCUCGCAGCAAAGACACUACGAAGAAGCGCCGCAGUUGGACCGUGCGUGAGAAGCUUAAACGCUGGUGUGCGGAGAAGGAAGCGGGCAUCUACAAGGACGCGGCUAGCUACCGCAAGCGGAUGCACGGGGGGGGGGGGCGCCACUCACACUACCCCGACAUGGAGGCAGCGUUGUACCGCUACAUCUGCCUUCAGCGCGCUAACGUGGUGGCCAUCUCGGUGAAGGACACCCAGAAGUGGAGCCGCAAGUGGAUGAAGAAGCAUUACCCCGACAAGAACUGGAACCUGCGGAGGCCUCCACACCCCGUAGUGCUGCAGUGGAUCGCGGAGGCUUGGGAUCAAGUCCCCAAGCAGAUCAUCAUCGACGCGUUCCGCCACUGUGGGAUCUCAAGCAAGUUGGACGGAACGGAGAACCACCUGGUGAUGUCUCACCUGCGCGCCAGGAGCACCACCGAUGUCUCCGCGGACAUGUCCCUCGGCGGGACCAUAGGCGACAACACGCGCCUGCUCGGUCGGGCUCCAGAGGAGGAGGAGGAGGCGAUGCAGGCGGAGGGCAUGCGGAAGGUGGCCGUGGCAACCGGCUUGGAGGUGCUGUACCAAGAGACCCCCAACUACUGUGGAGCGGCGGCCGAGGCUGACCGCAUGAUCGAGCCAAAGGAGACGGCUAGGCAUGCCUGGCGAGUGCCAGACCUGGGUGUAGAGCCUGUUGUUAGUGCAGGUGAGGAGGCGGUUACUGAGGGGGGUUAG